AUGCACGAAAAUUGUCCGGCGACUGGCACUGACAUGACUUGGACCGAUCGCGGGACCCCUGCAUUCUGUCGCUGCCCCUCCAUCGCAGUUUCUGGGCUCUCUUACCUCAUCAGGUACGACGAGCGGUACUUUGGCUUGGCCCAAGCUUCCGCCAUCGCCCUAACUACAUCCCAAUCCAUCGCCAACCUGAUCUCUUCUUAUCGCGGUCUCAGGGGAGCAUUGCCUCUUCUCUAUAAGAUGAGGACGCUCGAUGAAGCCCAGAAACGAUGGACCGAGACAUUAAAACAUGCUGGGAAUCUGUCAGACUUGCAAAAUGCAGUCAGAUAUAACGGGCCUUCCAGUCCGUGCAUUUCGGGACUCCGAUCAAUCUGUUGGAAGGCAUUCUUGCUGAUGCCAGACGUUCCAUCAUCGUACUGGGUGCCUCAGCUUGCCGAAUCGCGAAGUUUCUAUUUAGAAAGACGAGAUCACUUCUUGAAGUUCAUCAAGCACCCCGAGGAGCUGGCCCAAGUCGCCAUUGAUCCGUUGACGGACGAUCCAAAGGUGAGCAGCAUGAAGCCAGUGUCUCAGUUACAGAUCUUUAACUCACAUGUUAUCCAGUCACCGUGGAAUACUGUUCGACAGGACGAGAUAAUUAGGGCCGAGAUUGCACAAGACGUUCGCCGAUUGCCAGAUGAGCCAUUCUAUCAAGAGGAGCAGACGCAGACAAUGAUUAUUGAUGCAUUGUUCGUGUAUUGUAAGCUCCAUCCCAAUAGUGGUGGGUAUCGUCAGGGUAUGCAUGAACUUCUUGCGCCCAUCCUCUUUGUUGUUAACAAGGACGCGCUUGAUGCCGCGGCUAUCUCGCCCAUUGGCACCAAUGUCGAUACGAAAAUGCUAGCCAUGCUAGACUCUCUGUACGUUGAGCAUGACGCAUUUGCCUUAUUCUCUAAGAUCAUGGAAAGGGCAAGGGCGUUCUAUGAAGUCCAAGACUCGAUCUCAAGGGCAGCGAUGUCGUCUGCUUCCAAAGACCGGGUGGAAACAUCGGCCAUUGUCGAGAAGAGCAAGCACAUACAUGAGGUUUGUUUGGCCAAGGUCGAUCCUGAGCUGGCGAACCAUCUCAAAGACAUUGAAAUUCUGCCACAAAUCUUCCUAAUCCGUUGGAUUCGUCUCCUCUUUGGACGGGAGUUUCCCUUUGAUGAAACGCUCGUGCUGUGGGAUACCCUCUUCGCGGUCGAUUCGUCUCUCAGUCUGAUCGAUCUAAUUUGCGUCGCUAUGCUUCUUCGCAUCCGCUGGAGUUUGCUCGAGGCGGACUACUCCGUUUGUUUGCAACUGCUUCUCAAGUACCCGGCACCGGAAGCUCCUCACGGGCCGCAUACAUUUGUGGAUGAUGCGAUGUAUCUGAAGACACACCUCAAUGUCUCAGGUGGCGUUUCGCUCCUCUUGAAAUACACCGGCAAAAUGCCCAGUACAACACAAUCUGCUAGCAAUUCGAGGCCCACGACACCAAUGGGCCAAGCUUUCUCAUCCUUCAGAAAUCGGACCAAGGGUGGCCAGUCACCAAUUCCGUCUGCGAGUAGGUUUAUUCAACAGCAAGGUGGUGUGGAAGCACUUUUUCAAGGCGCAGCCAAAAGCGUUUUAGAGCGAGGCGAGAAACUUGGCAUCAACCAAGCAGUACGAGACGCCAUGGGCGAUAUCAAGAGAAACAUGCAAGGGCUGAACGAAGUACGCUAUCCUCCUCGGAUGGCAAGGCAAUUGCUUGGCGAUGACUCGGCAGCCCAGGCCAUCGCUGCCAUUGAGCAACGGAAUAAACUGCUGGCCAACAUGUUAGACGAGACAGUGACAAGUCUCAGGUCGUUGGCUACUACUAAUCUAGAAGACAAGGUCAAGAUGUUGGAGCUUGUCGAGGUAGCGGCUGCCAAGGUGCAAUUUGUAAAGGUUUACUUGGAAGACCCGACGAUUGAAGUACCAAAUCUGGAGGGCUUUACCAGCCCACCGCCGGAGGAGGCGAAUACCGAGACCCUGAUGGAAAUAGACGCGAACGACAGUGCUGUGCUAGGGGCGGCGGUUGCUGCAGAGAGUGUGGCAGGCGUCAUUUCGACAUUGUCUCUGGAUGAGCAUGAAAAGACAAAACCCCCGACCUCGAAAACAGCCAUUCCCGACGUCAUGGACAUUACACAAGAGGCACCCGCUGAUAAACCAGCAGAACAUCCGUCAGCUCUGGUUUCAAGCCCAAAAGCUGACGCACCUCGUGUGAAGCCAUUGGAACGACCUCAACCGCCUAUCCCAACACGAUCAACCCUCGCCCAGUCUUCCUUCUCUUGGAUGCUAGAACCAGACCAGUCUGCCCAGUCCGCCUCACCACCCAAGUUGCCCAAGUCGAGCUCAGGAGGCGCACACCGCAAGAAGCCGUCUGGGAAUAUCAGCAGGGAGCGCAACGCCUUUCUGUUCGGUGAGGUCGUCGCUGACUCCGAGGAUCAGACUAUGCCAAUCAAGUCUGACGACAUAUUCGGACUACAGCCCAUGGACAAGCCCAAGUCUCCCUUCCCGAGCCAGCUAUACGAUAACUACGAUGUUAUGCUCGCGCAGAGAUGCGUCGUUCUCAUUAGAUCGAGAGAAAUAAGGCCUUUACAAUAUUGGACUAUCGCCAGACUUUCCCAUGAAAAUAGACGUACAUUCUCAAUAUCAUCACACUUGAGAUUUCUUUCACUUCUAGUGGAAUCAUACCAACGCAGAGCCAUCAACGAGGCAGAUUGUGGUAACCACUGGGCCCCAAAUGAUCAAAUUUUGAUUCUCGUUGUACCUCAAUGA